AUUGUUAUCGUCAGCGAUAAAAAUAUUCAGUCAAGAAUUUAAGACUCAUGAAGAUUCACGAAGCGAGCUUUCCUCGUUAUCAUCGUCAGAAUGUUCGACACCCAAAUCCGAAGACUUAGAUAAUUGGCCAGGUGUUAAAAUAUUCGACGAUGAACAGUAUAAUGAGUUGUUGAGCGAAUAUCUUAAAGCUCAUGCUGCUGAAGAUUCGUUGAUAAUUAGAGAGAAACGAACUCAUGUUGAAAAACCAUUGUUAAUUGGGGAGAAACAAACAAAAAAGGUGAUAUCAACGCCAUUGACUCUGAGAAAACAACGAAAGAAUAAAUAUACUUUGCACUUUGAUGAUUGGAGUGGUCUGUUGUUAAUGGAUGACUUUGAAGAUAACUUUGAAGAUGCUAAAUUCCUCGAUAAUCCAUUCUACGAAAAUAAUGAAUUAUCCUUAUCGUCGUCACCUGUUUCUAUAUUUAAUCACGAAGAAACUUACUUUUCUAAUUCUGAUCAAUACUUCGACGAAGAAGACUACAAAAUUGAAGAUAACAGAUACAACGAAGAAUGUAGUUUCUUUAAUACUGCAUUCUUUUCCGGUUACUUUUCAAUAGAUGAAGAUACACCGAAAGGUCGUUUCCAUGACUGA